AUGCGCACGCGAAUUUGGGAAGACGCGGCCGCCAUGAGCAUCGUAAGCGCGCUGGGCUUCAUCCUGAACGAGAGCGGAGAGGUAGUGGGAGCUGAGCGCACGCAGGUGCUGUGCAAGCUCAUGCCUUCGGUCCACACGCUGUCGCACCGCGCGAUUCUGGCGCUGCUCGUGAUGCAGCUCAGCGACGCGGACGCCCGAGUGUUUUAUGAGCAAGGAGGACUGAAGGUGCUGGAUGCGUGGCUCGUAAAUGGCGUCAGUCGAUGUGAGGAUGGACUGACCGAGGAGAAGAAACAGAUUGAGAUGUUCUCCCACGUGCGGGCGCUGCUGCGGAUUCUUGACGUGAACGUGCAAACCGAUGCGGAGAGGACACUGAACUCGUACCUCACUGGAACAUUCGUCAAGGUCAUUGAGCUUCUCGAUAAAGCUGGUUCAGCGUAUGCGGCCGAAUCGAGUCGAUUGAAUGUUUAUCGGCGCCACUUUGAAAGUUCCUGUGGAGUACCCUCUACUGUCAAGGAUGGACGCAAGAAAGUGCGGCAACCCGCUGGCAUUGUACCGGACGACAACAGCUCUCGCAAUAGUAGCAAGUUCACUCGUGAAAAGCUGCCACAGUGCUCUCUUGCGUCUGCGUCCACGUCUACUCCACUGGCAACAACUAGCUCUUCGGUACUGCAAAAUUCAACUAGCUCAGGCCAUUGCUCGAGUGCAACGUCUACCACAACUUCGUCCAGUACAAGCACGACCGGCCAUAGGACCGCGCCUGCUUCCGUGCUGCAAUACCAAGCGAAGUCAUUUUUGCAGAAGGAUGCUGGAUCUGUCGAUGUUACUGCGGAAAAUAUGGACGACGAUAAUGAAGAAACGAUGCUAAUGGACGAGGGCUCGGUCACGAAUGUUAGCCAGGUGGCAUUAAGUGCUUCUCUGGAACAGAAGAUUCGAGGAAAUGGGCACGGCAUGCACUACGGGGAGCGCUCACCUUGUCGAAAAUGCAAGCGCAUGGUGUCAAAACGAUGCACGCAUUGUGAGUUCUGUGCCAAAUGUGGCCAGAAAGAAAAGUGUGAGCCGAUAAGCGUCACCCCUUUCGUGCCGUCGCCACGUGAAAACGGCGAAAGAAAAGCAGCAGCACGAAACAACGUUGGUGCUAAGUCGCUCUCAGUGAAGGACCGCAAUGUCCAAGUGCUUGGCUCUGUGAUGGAUGCGGCCAUCUAUCACGCGUUCCGUCAGGAAGAUUUCUACUCGGUUUUCAGCUUGGUUCAGAACGGCAUGGACGUGAAUUUCCAGCGAAUUGAGUCUGAUCGGUCGUCAGCUUUGAUGGCAGCAGCACACCACGGUCGAGACGAUGCCGCUAGCAAACUACUAAGCUUGGGUGCAAACCCGUGUCUCGAAGACCGUACAGGUAACAAAGCGUGGAACUUUGCUGAGCGACGAGGGCAUACGGAGCUCAUGGAGAAACUCAAGAAGGGCUGCGAGGAGUGGAAACAGAAGCACAAGGAUGCAGGCGGUGACAAGUAG